CAGAACAAGCAAUGACCAACGAAAAUAAUGAAGUGAUGACAAAAGCCAUUUCAGUUAAUGAGGAACUUUUGACAUAAAUAAUGACAGAGAAGACGAAGAAAGGCUCAACUGUGAAGAAGAAAACAAAGACGACUACAUGGAACAACCAUGUACGAGCACCUUGGAUACAUUUGAACAACAUGAAGGACAGGAAAAGUGUCAAGCAAAUAUUCCCCUGGAUAGACGCGAAGGCCAGGGUGUUGUGUCGCCGGAGCUAAAUUCUACAACAUAUAAGGAAACCCAAGAGGGAGUUCCUGAAUACAACAAUGAGCCCCAGCCAGAUGGAAAUACAACACAAAGGUUCCUGGAAGCAGGAGAUUACAUGGAAUUUCAGACCACCCAAUUACCAGAAGAGGUGGAGAGCAACACGCCAAAGAGUCUUCAAAACAGUAACAACAGUAGUGGAGCUGACUAUUUACUGGUGAGGGAGCACAUGGAAGAGGAACAACAACCAGAAACUAAAGGCACAGAGGUUCUAAGGAAUGUGUUUGUGGAGGAAAACACUGGGAUACUGAACCUGACUGAUAAUGAGAACAAGAGACCGCUAACUGAGCCAGCUGUUCACGAAUCGGGACACUUAUCUGAAGACAAAAUUGGACAUUUAUUGGACAGUUCAAUGAGGACAGGGGUUGAAUACUUUGAAGAAGAAUUUGAGACCCAUUUUGGUUCCGACAAUGACACCGAUAAGACAACGAAAGAUCAUCAAGAGGAGCUCCUGGUUGAAUUAGAAAUAAAUGAAGGUUUAUGUGAGGCUGAUGCUGCUGAAGGUGAGACCACAGUACCUGAAGCAACAGGGGAAGCGGCUGUACUUUCUGACUGCACAAUGACACUUCUUGAAGAUAAAGUUACGAAGAUGACGGAGACAUCUGUAGAUGACUCCUGCAAGACCUUCACUGUACUACAGAAAGACAUCACCAAAUCAGGAUUCCUAAAAAACUCAACUGAGACUGAGGCUAAAGCACCUGAGGAUAGUUCUGUAGAAAUCCAAGAUGCAGGAAUAGACAUGGAAGAAGAUACAUGUGGAGAUGUGGAGCAGACAAAAGAGACAGAAAAUAUAACACAGAAAGAAAUAAUUAAACUGCAGGAGAUGGAGGUGGUAGCUGAGAUAACGACAGAAAAGGAAACUGCUUUUAAAGCAGCCUUUGGAUUAACUGAACAUACAAAUACUGAGGCAAAAUCAGAUAAUGCGUUGGACUUCAGCAACAAUGAAAUGGUAAUGAAGCCUGAAGUGGUUCAAGAAUCAAUAAAAACAGAAUCCCAAGCAAAAGAUACAGAAGAUAAUUUAAAGCAUGUGACAGAAUCAGAGGGAGGUUACACUUCUGAUUCAAUUAGUGUUCCUCAAGAUGCGAUUGAUGAAGAAAUCCUUGACUUGUGGAUACAGACAGCACAGUCAGAGGACCCUGAUGACUUAAAACAACAGGAGGAGGCUGGUCCUGGACGUGAAAUGGCCACUGAAGUAGACACUUCAAGUGGAAGAGGAGAUUUAACGCUAUGUGUGCAGCCAGAAGAGAAGGAGAAGGAGAAAGAAGUGGAGGUAAAGUUGUCGGAAUCACAACCAUUCAGCGACCCAAAUGCAACUUCAUUCACAGCAGAAUUGGGGUUUUUGGACCAGUCUCUGGAUGGAUGGGGGAUACAGAACAAUAACACCCAGCUCCUGGAGUCAUCUCUGUCAUUACCAGACAGCAUGUUGGCUAAUGCGUCCGGCUCAGCAAACACCUCUGAAUUAUCAGUAAAACAACCUGGAUUUGAGGAUGUGUUGAUUGAAGAAACAGCUGAUACAGGACGAUCAGAUCUGAAAGAGGGGCAGGUAACCACAGAGACAGGAUUUCACUCAGAUUCAGUAUCCAGACAUCUAAGUCAGGGAGAUGAUGAAUUACCAGAAAAAACAGGUGAACAAAGAGUUGAAUCAAUGGAGGCUGAAACCGGAUCACACCCACAGACCGAGUCAAACCAAGUAAAGGAAACUAGUUGGAAAGAUAUUGAAGAAGCAGAUGUUGAAUCACUGAAAAAAAUUAGAUCUGCUUUUGAAGAAGAGCUGACAAAGGCUGAUGAUGAGCCCCUUGAGACGCCUGGAUCUCCAGACUCUCCAGAUGAAGUCGUAGACACUGACUCAGGACGAUCCAGUGAAACAGGGACACCAGACAUUGUACCAGUUGACACCUCCUCUCUUAACCCGGAACAUAUGUUGUUAAAGUUGCCCUCGCUGAAUGAACCACAGCUUGACUGGUCAGAGCCUGAUGAACCAGAACCUGUACUCAAGAGAGAUGACCAGCCACAGCCUGGAGAUCAGGUAGAUGCCCGUGUGUUGGACUUUACUCCUCAAAGGUCCAGAAUUGCAGUUAAAAACCGCCGUGUGAGACCUCCAAAAGACCCCCGCUCGCUGUUACAUAAACCCUCAGUAGAGCCCUCACCCUCUACACCCCCUCCAGCCAAAAUCCCAGUGGGUGUGCCUUUAGGAGGCUUAGGCAUCGGGAUAAAACUACCUGGGCUCGGUGCAGGUCUCCCCGUUUUGAAAAAGACACAGAAAGCAGUGAGAGAGGAAAAUCACCCAGACACCUCCUCCCAGGAACCUGAGACAAAACCAGAGGAGAAGGAUGAUGAUGAUACUCCCAAAAGAGACACCUCUCAACACAAACCUAAAUGGAUGCCCCCGGGACACCCAGGCUUUGGUAAUCCACUCAUGUCUGAACUCAAGACCAAACUGAAGAAAACAACAAAAGAAUGAGGAGAAAAAAACCUGUCUGACUUAUGUAAAUACAUUUUAAUGUUUUUUGUAAAAGACUUUUUUUAUAGUGUGUUGAUCAAAUUCAUGUUCAUAUUUUCAGUGUCUUUCCCUGUGUUAAUUGUUUUGUAAUAAAUUAUAAAAAGCAAUCGUACAUUUUCGUAUGCACUGAAAAGUAUAGUGAAACCCUUAAUACUGAGUUUUAAGGACAUACAGUCAUCAAAUGCUGUAGUCAUCAUUUUGGUGUUUUAACCAAAACCAAAAAAGGAAGAAAUUGAAAAUGACAGAGAACUUAAUCAUUUGGCAGUAAAAAUAGUUUUGAAGAAAGAAGCUGACUGGUAACAAAAUACUAUGAUGAAACCACAUACAGUUUAGAAAUGUUCAUAGUACUAAAUUGCAACAUAUGCCUCACAAAGCAAAUAAGAUAUAGGAUUAAUUAUACAUAAGCGUGGCUAUAAUAAAAUGUUAUGAUGUAUAUUGUAAGUAAACGGUGAAAGAAAACAUUAAAAAUUAUUAACUAGUAGAUUACAAUAAAAUGUAAUAUAAAAUAAAUAUCAGUGCUGAAAUGUAACUAUUUGUAUUCAUGGUGGAACUGCACAAAGUUGAGGUACUUUAAGUAUUACAAUAAAUAUUUUUCUUACUUUAUAUUUGUACUCUACUAUAUCUCAGGGGCAAAUAUUGUACUUAUUACUGCACUGCUUUCCCCUGUUUUGUGUGUUAAUUGUGAAUGUUUGUCAUAAACUUAGAACAAAAUGUAUCUUUUGUGUUGGCUUUAAAAUUGUCCUCCAUAAGUUGAAUAAAAUCCUUAAAACCCC